AACCCGAAACAUUCGGGUGUCUCGUUCGCACUCCGCGCGUUCGAGCAGCUGUCGCGUUUCGUGGCAUCUGUGUGAGUGAGGCGAGCCACGCCGUUGUUGCAUUAACGCACAGUCACAGCACAUCGACACCAACCGCGACAGUGUUCAGCGCGUUAUUUCUGCGCUGUUUCUAAAUAACCUAAAAAGUUGAACAAGCCAGAUUAUUUUUAGGAAUAAUCGUAGCAAUUAUCAUAAAAUACUCAUGACUGCUUCGAAUUUAUAAGAGUUUGUGCUGUGAAGUCGACGCCCAUCUCGGAGGCGUACGUGGAGUGUAUUUUUGUGCAACACAAAGCAAAUACAAACGGCAAGCUGUGGGGAUCAGGGGCCUUUUUUUUGCCGCCGCAGGGGAUGUACUAUCCUGUGAGUAACGGCAAUGUCAUCGACACGGGGACCACAACCCUACUGCACAUGGUGGGGACGGGCAUGGGGAACCCGUUCCCUGCGGCGGCGGCGGCUGCGGCCGCGGCGGCGCAGUUCGCCGCCAACGGCGACGCGCUGGCGGUGAAGCAAGACGCGAACGCGGUGAACCCGCCGCAGCCGCCGCUCGUCAAGAGCGAGGGCCCGCCGCCGCCCGCGCCGCUCCCGCCGGCCAACUUCUCACCACAACCGCCGCCUCAACCGCACCCGCCCAACUCCAUAGACAAUCAAAAUAGCAGCUCACAAAGUGACGGAGAUUCAGCAGAAGAGAGCACACCUGUGAGUGUAGCGGCAGUGGUGGCACAGCAAGCGGCCGCGGCCGUAGCGGUGGCGCAGCAAGCGGCGGCGGCGCACGCGGCGGCCGCGGCGGCCAGCGCGGCCGUCGCCGCCGGCGCCACCGCCGCCUCCCCCGACAGUAAACUCGUCCCCGUCUCGCAAGCGUCCCAGCCCAAGCGGUUGCACGUCUCCAAUAUCCCCUUCAGAUUUAGAGACCCCGAUCUCAGAAACAUGUUCGGGCAAUAUGGCACAAUACUUGAUGUAGAAAUUAUCUUCAACGAAAGAGGUUCAAAGGGAUUCGGUUUUGUAACAUUCGCAAAUAGUGGUGAUGCGGAGCGAGCACGAGAGCGUCUUCACGGCACCGUGGUUGAGGGCAGAAAGAUAGAGGUUAACAAUGCGACGGCAAGAGUUCAGACAAAGAAACCUCCCACAGUACCAAACGUGUGCGUCCAGUGGCCUGAAGGGCUGCGGGUCCCCGGCGUGUCGUGGCCGUGGCUGGGCGCGGCGCCGGCGGCCGCGCCCGCGCCGCCGCUGGUGCUGGCGCCGCGCGCCGCGCAGCGACGCAGUGUUUAUUACGACCCGUUCUUAGCUGCAGCCGCGACGGCUGACUCCAACUACAGACUUCAGGCCGCGAAGCCGGCAGCCGAGGCGGCAGCAGCAGCGGCCGCAGCAGCCGCGCCGCUGCUAAAGUCCCCGCUCACGUCGGCGCAGCACGCCGCCGCGGCCGCCGCCGCCGCCAACUACGGCGCGGCCGCGCGCGCCGCCGCCGCCGCCGCCGUCAGCGGCACGCCGCAGCCCACCGCGCUCACGCCUCUCACAUACGGCAGAGAAUACGCAGACCCGUACCUAGGCCACAGCAUCGGCCCAGUCACAGGUUAUGGGACGGCGGUGUACCGAAGCGGCUACAACAGAUUUGCGCCGUAUUAAGCCAGUGGAACAAAUUACGAUUUUUACUCGAAUAUGGAUCUACCUUCGUUUCCUUUGCCCUAACAUGACAAUGGACUCUCUUUGUAAAGGUACAAACAUAAAUUUAUUAUAUAUUAAGGAAACAGUAAUAGAGCUAGCCGGUUACUGUACAAGCAAGCUUGGGUAACAUAGUCGUCCGCCGUUCGGGCGGACUCAAGAUACCAAAGUCAUUAUUAAACUUUCUAACACAAAUAGUAUAUUAAGUUCAGCUGUUAUUGUGUUCGUGUAAUGCAUAUACAAGUGCGAGCAGCUAAAAUGAUGCAUUCGACGGUUUUGAUACUUGUAAGAAACCUAUUUUACUCUUAUCGCUCGGGUGAGUGAAGCUACCUAUAUUGGUAAAUAAUGUACGUUAUUAUUUAGUGUAGAUGUUACACUUAAUAUGUAAUUGACAAUAGAAAAAUACUUCAUGUAAUAACGAUAUUUAGUGAGCUUUGCACUUGCAUAUCAUAGGAAAAUUGUAAAUAUGGAAACCCAAUCCCAUUUCGACUUGUUACUUUACAUGUUAACAUUUUGCUGAAACCCUUUUAAUUUCUUGAAAAUUAAUAGGGCUAAUAUAGGUAGGAACUACCUAACUCAGUAACAUUUUAGUUUUCUACUGAACAUUUGAACAUAAAACUUGUUUUACAGGCACCUAAAGUCGAUUUUUUUAUCUAUUACGUAGUAUAUUUUACUUUAGAAACUCAAACUAUUUUAUAAGUAGGUACAAGCGCAAAAAUAACCAUUUUAGAACUGUUUUGAAAAAAUGUUUCGUGGUGCAAAUUUAAUGCGGUGCCAUCUACUCGGUUGUUAUUUUACAACAUAUUUUUCUAAAGUUACCACGUACUUUUUUGAUGGUUAACUUUAUUUUGGAUAGUAGUAGAGAUUCCUCGGUGUAAGUAUCCCGCACGAGUAUGUGUUACGCGUUGUAAACGUCUCGCUUGGAGCUCGCGCCGCCGCGGGGCCUCCUACGUUUCGGUCUCGCUGCGUACAGCUUCGCAAACUUCCGUAAACAUUUACUUUCCCAUUUUGUUUAUUCAAAAAUGUAACUAUUGAUCGCUAGUUUGUAAAUGAUAGCAUUUUAUUGAAUCGUAAUCGUAGGCAUAACGCUUGUAGUGUAUAAGAGAAGAAGGGAGCUCCAUCGAGCUCUUACAUAUCAUUGAGAUUUCUCCUUGUAAAUUAGUUUACACUAUAUUUUCAUUAACGGUUUAUAAUUUUGACAGCGCUGUUUUAAUAUUUUUAUCCGGUUUAUCUUCAUUUUAUUGAUCAAACACGCGUUUGGGUCCAACCCUUUUAGACGUCGUAAAUUUUAGAUCGAAUGUAAUUAGGAUUGUAAAUUCGCUCAAACUUUAUACCAAAGCACAAAAACCCAUCGAUUCAUACGUACCUAUUGGAGCAUUCGUGUCAUUCAUUUCCACUCAAUAGAUUUAGUAGUCUUUCAGUUAGAAAAACUUACAAAGUCUGCAAAAUCACGGCAUCACUCAUAAGGCCCACGUUUUGCACCUUCGAGUAGAAACUUACCAUACGAUACGAGACCCGCUUGCAGGUGUAAAACUGGCGUUUCCAGCCACGACACACAUUUAUUCGUAAUGAGUUCACAUGUAGUUUGCCAUCUAGAUUAUUAAUUUAACCUCACAAACAGUAGAUCUGAUUUUUUAUUUUUUAUUUAUUUUUAAGCCUGUCUAUGUGACUUUUCUCAAUUUGAAUAUUUAAUCGAAUAGCUACUGCCAUGAACAAUUUUAGUUACUUUUUCUAAGCAAACUCGAUAUUUAUUUCGCCGUUUCACAUUUUAACUACAUAUUGAAUUAGUAACAUAUCAAAUAAUAUAGGAAAGUGUUGCCGCAGAAGGGAUACCUACUUGGAGAGCCAUGUAAGAGCGCAGUAGCAUCUGCGAAGAUAGCUUUAAUUAUUAUCCACAUUAAGUAUAGGGCGUCCACUCCACAGUCGCCCUCCGUUGCGUAGUGAGUUGUCACUAGUCACGGUAGCGAGCGUAGCUAGCCGGCAACAACCAUGACAAGUUCGGUCUUAGAGGUCUAGUCCUUCGCGCACAAUCUACCUUGUAAUUAUUCUAUUUGAAGGUGCUUUUGCAAAGGUUUCAUGUGAUAAUUAAGAAUCCAGUUUUGUGUACCUACCUUCUAAACCGCGUUUUAAGUAUAUUAUUUUAUUGGUUCUAUUAAUUAAGCGAUAUUGUGUCAUAUUUUCCGAGUGCCGGUUAUUUUACAUUCUCUCUUUUAGCGCCACUGGCUAUUUACAAUUAUUAGUUAAUUAUUAAUCAUUAGGAUGUAUCAUUACUGUAGUCAUGUUGCAGCUUCGAACAAUGUUUUGUGCUUUACUGCUGAAUACUCAUGCGUGUAUGCGUAAUUUUAGGAAGGUCUUAGAUUUUGAAUGUAACUGAUUGUUUAAUGCAAUUUUUUAUGUAAAGUACAGGAACAAGUACAUGUGAUUCGUGAGGAUGAUUUUUAUAUUUUUUUGAUGUAGACGUAGUGAUGUCACAAACAUGUUGAUCUAUACUUAGUGUCUGGAGCUAACGGGGCGUGUUCUGGGCGAGCGCACUCUCGCUUUACUUUACCGUCUAUCAUGAACAAAAUUAUAUUGGUACAUGACAGUUUUUUUUAAAUCUUAGGUUGUUUUAUUUAACUACGAUUAUACGCGUUCAUAACUCGCCUCGUUAUCUUUAUUUUUUUCUCAGAUUUGUAGAUGAUUUUUUGAGAUCUUAUUAGAAAAUCACAGAAGUCCUUAGUUUUAUAUGAAAGUUUCGUAAUCUAAGCCAAAUUGUUAUUACGUGGAGAAAAUCUGAAUUUAAAUAACAUAUCUGACAAAAUGGUUAGUGUGCUACAAUAAGAAAAGAAAAAAAGCAUCAUGAACAAUUUAUAAAUAUAAAAUAUGAUCAUUAUAAUAAGGAUGAUAUGUAUUUUGUAACGCGAUUUGUUCCUCAGUUUUUAUGAGAUGUUGAAUUUCAAACUGUUCUCGUUUCCGUAUGCUGUGCACAAAAUUAUAUCGAUGGCUUCGAUUCCGUAGUUACUAGAUCUAAAACGAAUUGUUAUAUUGUGCAUAAUACGGUCAUAUCAGUAGUGUUGUUAGCGAGUGUCGGUGAUUGCUAACAGCAUCGCGCGCAGCGAGUAUGACUACUGUUACUGUGAGCACGCACACAGUUGCGCCCGCGCCCCUCCGCCCCUACACCACCUGGACAACUUUUCUCAAAACUACAUGCUCUUUGAAUAACCCUAUACGUAACUCGUAGCAUGCUUGUUUGUAUCCGAUGAGAAAUAGUAACGUAAAAUAGUCUAUAUAAAUCAUUCCAACUUACUUUGCGAGUUUUUUGGCACCGGGCGCGGACGCAUCUCUAACGUGCUUUGUAAAUAAUGUUAUCGGCGGGCGACCGCUGCAUGUUGUGCGAUUCAUUUCUGCCUUCGGGCCAAUAUUGUUAACGUAGCCAGAGUUAUAAGUAUCACUUGUUCGUCAAUUGCACACGUGGACGCUGAUCAGUUAAGUAGUAGCGUACUCAGAUUUCUAUUAGCAGGGUUAGUAAUUACGCCUACGUAUCCAAAUGGCUGAUGUACAUUUAAGAUUGAACUUGUAGAUCUGCCCGAAGCUCCCGGACACUCCAUACUUAUGGUCGGCACGUCUAUGAGUUCAAUAAAUUCUAUUAUUAAACGAGGGAACAGGUGGACGCAGCGCAUACUAAUCGUCAAUCAUUAAGUUAGAGAGGAUGCGUGAGCUAUGUUAGCGUGUGGCUUGCGACACAGGCGCGACGUGUUAUGUGAGCGUACCUAAAUAUUAGUUGCCUUCGCAUCCCACACGGAAGCAAGCUCGCCGCGGAUUAUAUUUUUCGUAAGUAGUUGCCUAAAGGCAGUGGCGAAGUGUGCGCUGCCGAGUGCCGCCGCCGGCGCAAGGGCCGCGCCUGCGCCGAGUGCGCCUGCGCGCCCGCGCGCCCGACGACCAGUAUUUGAGAUACUAGUAACGUGCUCAAUUUCCGUAUCUGUAUGUUGUACGUAUACCUAAUGUUAAACGUAAAUGUUUUAAAAUUAACUAACCUACAAUAGAUUUGUUACAUAAUAAAUGUCUUCCGUUUGGCACAUUUUAUAGAUUCGUCGCACGUUUUAUUGCUGCACAGUACUAUUGACAAGUGAUUUUGAUUAUACUCGAGCCGAGUGCACAGCGAGCUCCCUAAUAAGAUUUGUGAUAAAAUAAUUAGAUUUUCGUUUUCCGCGUGGCAAUUUAAAAUAGAUUGCAAGCUGAUUUUUCUCUUUUAUUGUAAAUAUUCUUUUCAAUUGUGAAAUAUUGAAUGAAGUGAAUAAUUUUAAGUCUUUGGCAUUGUAUACUCAUUUACGUUAUUAAUAAAUUAUAGUAUGAA